AUGGUUGGCGAGCGACUAAAUAUUGAGCGCUAUAUUGGUAUUGGCUGCCAGUGUGAUCAAUUCACUUUAGAAAGCGAUGGAUUUAAAUGCGAUAUUCCAUGUGAUCGAUCGAAACAUAAGACAAUUAUGCGUGAAUGUCGCAAAAAAAAGAAGGAAUGUCAUAUAAAUAGGAAAAGCAAGGAAGCAGAAUGCGGAUGCCCGAUGGGUUUUAAUGCAAAAGCAGAAAAUAACGGAAUUAUUUGCGAAAGUUAUGAUCCUUGCUUAUUAUGUCGGCACAAAUGUCAUAAAGCAUCGAAAUGUUUGCCAGCGACAGCUGAUAGUGUUUUUGGAUAUUCUUGCGCUCCAUGUGAUCCGCAAAAGGGAUACUCAGGAAAUGGUUUUAUGUGCUACGAUAUUGACGAAUGUUCUGAUGAUCGUUUAAAUGAUUGUGAUCUGCCAAAUGCUGAAUGUGAAAAUCGUGAGCCUAUAUAUGAUAAUGGAUUAAAAUAUGUUUGCUUUUGCAAAGAAGGCUGGAUGGGCGAUCCUAAAGGUGGAUAUAAAUGGAGGAGAUGCUUAGAUACCAAUGAGUGCCAAAAUUCAACUGCCUGUGGAGAGAAUACAAUUUGUGAAAACACUCCUGGAUCUUAUAUUUGCAACUGUAAGCCAGGAUUCAUAAAGAAGCCUGCAGAUCCAAGGACAUGCGAUGAUAUUGACGAGUGCAUGUUGAAUAAGCCAUGCCACUAUAAGGCAAAAUGUACAAAUACGCCUGGCAGUUAUAGUUGUAAAUGUGAUGAAGGAUACUUAGGUGAUGGAAUCAAGACAUGUGAACCUGAUAAAAAUUAUUUCUGUAAAGUUUGUGAAAAAGCAACAACUGACUGUGUGCUAAAUAGUGCUAAUGAUGGUUACAAUUGUAAAUGCAAGAAAGGUUUUCAACCAAUUCCUGGGUCUAACGAAAUUUGUCAAGAUAUCGCAAAUUGUGCUGAUCCAAAUCUUAAUGACUGUGAUAAGCGUCCAGGCCAUGCAGAAUGUAAAGAUACACCAGGAAGUUACAACUGUAAGUGCAGUGAAGGCUUCGAAGGUGAUGGAAGAAAUUGCACUGCAAUUGAUCCAUGUGUUCGAAGUAAUCCCUGCGCGAGUAUCGCUGGUACCGUUUGUACGAAUAAGAAUGGUGUUGCUAAAUGCGAAUGCAAAAGUGGUUUCGUUAGGCAAAUCAAACAUCAAAUGAAUGAAUCUGCUCCAUGCUUCGAUGAAAAAUCAGAUCCAGUGAACAACUGUACGCAUUGCAAUAAUAUGACCAGCAUUUGCCAUCGAAUUGGAAAUGGGCCAUUUUAUGAAUGUAUUUGUAGUGAAGGAUAUCAAAUGAACGCUGUUGGUACUUGUGUUAAUAUAAAUGAAUGUAUGCAAAAGACAGAGAAUGAUUGUGAUUCGAACGCAAAUUGUGUUGAUCUGCAACCCGCUUUAGAUAAUGCUCGAUACAAAUGCGUGUGUAAGCCAGGAUUUACUGGAAAAGGCACACAGAAUGAGUGCAAAGAUAUCGAUGAAUGUAAAGAAGUGAUGAAUGCUUGUCCAUUACCUAAACAGAAAUGUAUUAAUACACUGGGUGGUUAUCAAUGUGGCUGUGAAGAAGGUUUCAGGAAGAAUCCUGGAUCGGAUGUUUGCGCUGAUAUCAAUGAAUGUGAAGAAGGUACGGCAAAAUGCGCGAAGAUGAGCAAAUGUUUCAAUAGAGUUCCAGGAUUCACUUGCGAAUGUAUGAAUGGAUUUCGUAAUGUUUCGGGAACGAAUGGAACUUAUAUUUGUGAAAACAUUGACGAAUGUAAAGAUGGUAUUAACGGAAAAGCGGCUUGUGACGCCGAUCAUGGAAAAUGCGUUGAUACCUAUGGAUCACAUAUCUGUGGAUGUAAAGAAGGUUUUACUAUUGGCACCGACAUGAAAACAUGCAUUGACAAAGAUGAAUGUAAAGAUGGUGAAGAUAGAUGCAAUAAGCAAAUAGAAAAUUGUGUUAAUACGAUUGGCAACUAUACAUGCGACUGUAAAUAUGGUUUAACAAAAGUUAAUGAUCAUUGCGAAGAUCGUAAUGAAUGCACGGAUGGAAGCAAUAAAUGCUUAAAAAAUAGCAUUUGUAUAAAUACGUUUGCAUCGUAUAAAUGUGUAUGUGAGCAAGGAUUUAAAACGAAAGUUGCAACUCAUGCAUUACGACCUGUUUGUGAGCGCGAGGAUAUAUGCGCUAAUUAUCCAACAAUAUGUAUGCCUGGACAAUGCGAAAGUAUUAAGGAUGAACCUUAUUAUAAAUGUAUUUGCCCAUCAUCUGCGAUUGCUAUUAGUCCAACGAGAUGUGUUAAGGUAAAUCCCUGCGCAGAAUCCGACUUAUGUGCACCACCUCUGAAAUGUAAGCAUACUGGUCCAGGCAAUUAUAUUUGUGAAUGUGAUGUUGGCUAUGAAUUGAGUGGAUCUGAUUGCAUUGAUAUUGAUGAAUGCAACCUGAAAGUAAAUUCAUCGGAAUGCCCACAAAAUACACAUUGUUUAAAUUUACCUGGUAGCUAUAAAUGUGAAUGUCGUAAAGGUUAUACAGCGAAAGUAGGAAGUUCAUUGACCAAUCCAACAUGCUUGGAUGUGAAUGAAUGCGAAGCCGGUCUUGAUGAUUGUGCUGUGAAAAAUGCAACUUGCGUAAAUUCAAUUGGAACAUUCUCUUGUGAAUGUGCCGAAGGAUACGGUAAAUAUGCGCCGGAUUAUAAAGAUUGCAAAGAUAUUGAUGAAUGCGCGACAGGUGUCGCAAAAUGUGAUCCAAACGCAUUUUGUAAGAAUGUUGACGGCAGCUAUGAAUGCGAAUGCAAAAGAGGAUACAAUGGUGAUGGUCAAACAUGUUUCGAUAUCGAUGAAUGUGAUCCGGCAAAUCGCCAGGAUAAUUGCGAUGACGAGAAACAGGAAUGCGUUAAUACUGAGGGUUCAUUCAAGUGCAAAUGUAAAAAAGGAUAUGUUAUAACAACAAAAGGAUGUGAGGACGUUAAUGAAUGUUUAAAUGCUGAUAACAAUGAUUGUGGAAAAAAAGGUGGUAUUGUUCGUAUGAAAUGCGUAAACCAACCGGGAGGUUACAUGUGCAUAUGCCCAUCUGGUUACACAGAAACCAGCAAUGAUCGGUGUGAAGAUAUUGAUGAAUGUAAGUCUGAUCCACCAGUUUGUCCCGAUGCUAUUGGUAAUUUAUGUGUUAAUAAAAAUGGAACUUAUUCAUGUGAAUGUUUGGAUGGUUAUAGAAAACCAAAAAAUUGUGCAAAAAAAGCCAACUGCGUAUGUGAAAAUAUCGACGAAUGCAAAGUGGGUGCAAAAUGUACUGAUACGCCUGGUUCGUUUACGUGCGAAUGUGCUCCAGGCUAUAGCGGAGAUGCAUUUAUCGACGGAUGCUCAUUAACUGAUGCUUGUAAGGCAAACGAUAAAUGCGAUAAAGCUACUCAGGUUUGUAAAUCGGUUGCUAAAGAAGCGAUUUGUGAUUGCAAACCAGGUUUCGUGAAAGAACUCUCGGGUAAAUGUGUGAAGAAUCCCUGUUCGAUGAAUAAUGGUGGUUGUGGUAAAGGUGCCGAAUGUCGUCUAAUUCGGAGAAAAGGUAAAAUCAAGGCAGAAUGUCGCUGUAAAGAAGGAUUUGAAUUAGACAAAUAUAAAAAUUGUCAAGUGGCUGAUAAAUGCAAGUGCAAGCCGAAAGUACCCUUCGGAACGCCCUGCAAAAGUUUGUAUCUUUGUAAGAAACCACGUAUGCUUUGCGUAAAUUAUGGUUCCAAUUAUACAUGCGUUUGUGACGAAGGAUUUAAAUUGAGUUCCGACGGACAAUUUUGUGAAAAUAUCGAUGAAUGUAAAGAAGGUGUUGAUAAUGAUAUGAAAAAGGAAAAUAAAGCAUGUGAUGAUAAAGCUACUUGUAUCGAUACGAUUGGAAGUUAUAUUUGUGAAUGUCCUCGCGGACAAAUAGAAGACCAUGCGCAUAAAUGCAAAAUCGAUACACCAGACUGUAGUCGAGAAAAUAACUGUACGCAUGAUCCUAACGCUUAUUGCGCACGAAUAGAUGAAACUCACCAACAUUGUAAAUGUAAAGCUGGAUUUAAAGGCGCAGCUUUGAAUAAUGGAAAGCUAUGUGCACCUGAAGAUCAUUGUAAGAAUCUAAAGAAAAGAAAAGCAAAGAUUUGCAUGGAAAAUGAAAUUUGCGUGAAUGAACAACAUCGGCAUAAGUGUGAAUGCAAACGUGGUUUCAUGCGAUCGGAUGCGAAAAGUGCAUGCAAAGAUAUAGACGAAUGUGCAUCCGGUGAAGCGUAUUGUCCACCAACAUUUGUCUGCAAGAAUACAAUAGGUAGUUUUAACUGCGUUUGUCCAACUGGUUAUACAAUGUCUAAAAAUCGAAAGAAAUGCGUUGAUAUCAAUGAAUGUAAAAUACGCAUAAGCGACAAGAAGAAAUUUAUGAAGGCCAAAUGCAAAUUGCCAAUGGAACGUUGUGAGAAUUUGCCAGGCUCAUAUAAAUGUGUCUGCAAUUCGCCAGCAUUUAUCAAAGGACCAACUGGUUGCGUAGAUAACGAUGAAUGUGCCAAUAAUCAAUUUGAUUGUCCCGAAUAUUCCAGUUGUGUGAAUAGAAAAGGAGGAUAUAGUUGUAAAUGCGACCCUGGAUUUAAGCCAAUGAGAUAUGCGAAUAAAACUCUUAAGGCUUGCGUUGAUAUAGAUGAAUGUCAUGAGAAGAAGGAUGCUUGUCCGGCAAUAGCUGAUUGUAUCAAUCAUGAUGGCAGUUAUGAAUGCAAAUGUAAACCUCCAGCAGUGCAACAUGGACUCCUUAAUUGUGUUGUGAAUGCAUCUUGUCCAGAUGCAUGUCACCGAAAUGCUUAUUGUUUACAAAGUUCUCGAGAUGGCGGUGAAGUUUACAAUUGUACUUGUAAUGUUGGAUAUACUGGUGAUGGAACAACAAAUUGUGAUCCAAUCGACGAAUGUAAAACUGGUACAGCAAUAUGUCAUAAAAAUGCCGAUUGUAUUGAUAAGGAUCCGCUUUAUGAAUGCCGUUGUAAAGAGCCGUAUCAAGGUGAUGGCAAGAAUAUCUGUGAACCUGAAAAAGUAUGCGAAACGAGAAAUGACUGUCCGUCGGGUGCCAAAUGUAUUCCACUAUUCCCGAAUCAAAAAGAAGGAAAAUGGGUGACUUGUAAAUGUAAGCAAGGAUUUAGGUUCAAUGAGAAAACAAGGGAAUGCGACGAUAUAAAUGAGUGCAAAGCGAAUAAAGGUUUGGGACCUUGUUCCAAGAAGGUUAAAGGAAUUCAAUGUGUAAAUACGCAAGGUUCAUUUUAUUGCAAAUGUCCAGAGGGAUAUAAACAAAGCACGAAAAAUAAUAGGGAAUGUGAUGACGUGGAUGAAUGCAAAGACGGUCUGGAUGAGUGCGGUAAAACACAUGGAAAAUGCAAAAAUUUACGUGGAACUUAUGAAUGUAUUUGUCCAGCUGGUUUUAAACAAUCGAGAAAUAAAAAAAAAUGUUUAGAUGCAAAUAUCUUCGGAUUGUUCAGAUUUCUUGCUGAGAAAUUGGUGAAUUUUUCAGAUAUCGAUGAAUGUGCCGAAAAAAAUAAUACUUGCGAUCCAGGUACAACUAUUUGCAAAAAUACAAUCGGUAGUUACGAAUGUUCUUGCAAUAAAAAAGGUUUUGCGAAGAUACCUGGUAAAAGGGAUCGUUGUGAAGAUGUAAAUGAAUGUGUUCUCAAUACACACGAUUGUAAACAAAAUUCAGAACUUUGCCAUAAUACUAUCGGAUCAUACAAAUGUAAUUGUAGCAAUGGUUACGAAAAGAAGAAUGGUGUUUGUGUGCCAAGUAGUAAUUGUAAGCCACCUCAAGAAUGUGGUGCUAAUGCGUUUUGCGUAAUGCGGCCUAGUCGAGAAAACCCGGCGAAACUGUCACCCGAAUGUGUUUGUCAAGAUGGAUACUAUGGUACAAAUCCAAAAGAAUUCUGUGAUCCGGUAGCGGAUUGCGAAAACGAUAAUCAAUGUCCGUCCAAUUCAAAAUGCGUUGAAACUCAAGCAAAAGAUUCAAAAGGACGUGCAUCGUUUACUUGCGUAUGUAAUAAGGGGUAUCGCAAAGUUGGUAGUCAAUGUGAAGCGAUUAAAACUUGCGAAGAGAAUCCAGGAAUUUGUGGUAGAAACGCUAUUUGUGUCGAUUUAAAUCCAUUCUAUAAAUGCGUUUGUGAUAGUGAUACUAUCGAUAAAAGCAAAAGUCCGGGAAAGGUAAAAUGUGAAAUUCCAUCCUGCAAAGAUGCCACGAAUCCAUGCGAUGUAAAUGCAAGGUGUAUUGAUAGCAGCGAUGGCUAUUCGUGCAAGUGCAAAGAAGGUUAUACGGGUGUUGGAACUGCAAGAGCACGUUGUGAACCAAUCGAUUUCUGUGGUAGCUAUUGUCCAUGCAGUCAAUAUGCGAAUUGUGUCAAUGAGCCACCGGGAUCGUUCAAAUGCACUUGUAACUCUGGAUAUAAAGGCAAUGGAACCAUUUGUCAUGACAUAAAUGAAUGUGAAGAAAGCACUACGGACGUUUGUGAUGCAAAAGCGAAAUGUUUGAAUAAGCAAGGAUCGUUUUUAUGUAAAUGCAAAGAUGGAUAUGAAGGGGAAGGUCGUCCUGGAAUGUGCAGAGAUGUCGAUGAAUGUUCAAGUCCUCGUCUCAACAAAUGUGAUACUGGCUCGUCAACAUGUCGUAAUACGGAUGGUUCUUUUGAAUGUUCAUGUAAACCGGGAUAUAGGCGUGCUAAGAAUAAUAAUUAUUCUUGUGAUGAUAUAAACGAAUGUUUGGAUAAUAAAGAACCAAUCUGUGGUGAACAUUUCUGCAACAAUUUGCCGGGUGAUUAUAGGUGCGACUGUCGACCUGGAUUUAAAUUAUUAGCCGAUGGUCAUGGUUGUCAAGAUAUUAACGAAUGCGAGAAUCGUCCAUGUCACACAAACGCGGAAUGCAUUAACACUCCUGGUUCAUAUAUGUGUACAUGUAAGCAAGGUUAUGAAGGUGAUGGAGAGAAGAAAUGUAGUCCUAUUAACAAAUGCUUAGAUCCUUCUAAAAAUCAGUGCAACAACGCAACAACCAUAUGCAAAAUGGUACCGAAAAAAGCUGAUUAUUUCUGUGAAUGUUUGCCAGGCUAUGAUCCACCUCAAGGAGUCUCCGGUGUUUAUUAUUCUUGCAAUGACAUUGAUGAAUGUACUAAUGGAAAUGCCAAGUAUAAUCCACUUACACAAGAUUGUGUCAAUACAGAAGGUUCUUUCAGAACAUUUUGUAAGGUUGGUUACAUACUAGACGAUAGUGGUGAAUGUGUCGAUAAGGAUGAAUGUGCUGAGGAUUCGGCUUAUUUCGAAACUCUAGUGAAAUUCAAACAAGCAGAAAAAAAGCCUGGCAAAAUAAAUUGGAGAGAAUUAAUGGUAGAGCCGAAAAAUAGUUCGAGCGCUUAUGCAAUUUGUUACCAACGUGCUGUGAGCAAAAAAUGGUGGUGGUUUACGUCUGCAUCGUCACCACUUCCCUUUUGCAAAAAUACUCCGUAUGAGCCUCGAGGUGCUUUUAAUGGUAAUAUCAAAGUAAUGAGUUGGAAAGGAUUCGAAUGUGACUGUGCACCGAACCAAAAACGAUCCGAACAAAAUAGUCGUUCAUCUAAUCGUAUCAUAAUUAAGUGCGAAGAGGUUGAUCCAUGUACCGAUCUUCAAUGUGAUUCAGUUGGCGAAGGUUUUAUAUGUGAUCGUCAAAACCGACGUUGCGCAUGUGAUCGAUCAGCUGGUUAUAUUCAGCGAGUUUCAGUAGAGGAUAUACCCUUCUGUACCAAAGAUGAAUGCACACGAGCCGAUGUACUUGGGCCAUCGACAGUUGAAAAUAUCCAGCAUCGUUCAAUGAUUUCUUGUGAUUAUGACAGAAAAAAAUGGCGACCCGUAAAAGGAUAUACCUUUUUACGAAACAAGAAAACAAAUGACGUUAUUGGCCUCCGUGAUAUCAAUGAGUGUUUGGAUGAUCAUUAUUGCUGCAAUCGAACAAAAGCGAUGUGCGAUGUGGAUCCGGGAAAAUGCACCGUCAAAUGCGCUAAUUUUGAUGGUGGUGCUUCGUGUUAUUGUGAUAGAAGAAAUCCUGAUGUUGAUAUUGAUAGGGAAACUUGUCAGUGUAAAGCACGAUGUUCUCUCAAUUCAGCAUGGUACUUGAAUUGUAAUAAGGAUAAAAUUCAAUGUGAUUUUACCAAAUUGCAAAAAUUAUUAGAUGCAAAAACUGCACCAAAAAGCACAGUUUGCUCCAGACUUAGCACCUAUGAUGGACAAUUUUUAACAUUUGGUUCAAUGACCGAACUUCUUAAGGAGAUCUGCAAUACUAAAGCAUAUUGUGCGAUGCCUCCAUAUGAAAUUGAUAAUAUUCGCGAACUGCCAGCGUUUAAUUAUGAAGGCCCUUGUCAUGAAACAAAAGCAUUGUUGGAAAAAGUCAAAUGUCCAUUUGGCGAUAAGCCUAUGGUGAUGGAAGGCUUAUCAAUGCUAUAUGCCUACUGCCCAUAUAAGAUCGACUUAUCGAGAUAUCCAGGUCCCGAUCCAUCUCAUUUGCGGCGUGCUUCACGAAGUGCUUCGCCGAUGAAAUGCUUGCCAGAGGGAAAUACUUUAGAUGAAAGGACGAAUUUCUAUCGAUCAAUGGAUGAAAAAUCAUAUUAUUUAGAAGUUGUAUAA